ACCGCGAGUUAAAAAUGACCCUAGAACAGCGACCGUGCCACCACCUUCGUAUUUGCGCAAUAAAUCCACUUCCGGUUCGAAUAGGCCUCGCGUCGCUCGAAUUAAUACAUCUAGUUUAUCAGAUAAAGAAAAGGCUAGGUCUGACGACGGUUUUUUUUCUGACUCUGAUAAAGAUAGCAGUCAGAGUAAUAAAUCUGCAAAUUCGAAUAUAAGUGUACAGAGUGGCAUGAGCUUUCUUACUAAGACUCCUUCAAUCAUGUCUGAUGCUAUAAUACGUGUACGACCAAAAUCUUCUCUCGGAACUUCAUCUGAAAAAUCUAAUCUUGAUCUCGCGAAUCGUCAAUCACAACAAGCUGAUGAGGCAAGAAAGAAUAGAAAGAUAGCUGAUUUGGAAAUCUCUAUAAAAUCUUUAAUGACGAUAAAUGCCGAAUUGGAUGAAACAAAUAAAAAGCAAGCUGCUGAAAUAAUAGAAUUGAAAAGAAUGCUUAGAACGGACUUGGCAGAAAUCGAAAAAGAUAACGAUGUUCGGUUUAAACGAAUAUGUCUCCUUAUAGAUGAAUUACUUCGAGAUGCACAGGAAGCCCUCGAGUGUUCGGCAAAAGACAUUGGAACUAAAGUUUUACCUAAUGCACAAUUAGAUACAAGUUGUAACGAAUCAGAUACUCCAAACGAGGACCUCUUGAAUGAAUCAAUAGAACAUUAUGAUGAGAUAUUAACGCAGUCAUCACAUUCAAAUACAUCUAUAGAAUCUAAAAAUCUGGAUGCAAAGUUGGAGGAAUUAGAAAACAAAUCUAUCAACACUAUAUCAUCCAAAAAGUCAAAAAAAUCAAAGACGCGAAGUAAUAUUGAUACAUCAAUUUCAACGAAUCCAAAAUUAAAAAUAAAAACUUCAGUGAAUCAAAUUAUUGUGGAUCCAAAAUUAAAAUCACAACAUUCGACGGAUCCUAAAUUAAAAUAUUCUCAAAACACUCCAACUUCGGUAGACCCGAAGCUAAAAAAUUCUUCAAAAAUAAUUUCUGAAAGAAAAACAACGCAAUCAAAAUCUAUUAUUUGUGAAAAUGGUGGACGUGUCCGAGAAGUUAUUAAAGAACUUUUGAUCCUUGCAAAGCAAGAUACUGCGAAGCAAGAUCCUGUAAAUAAUAAAAAACCUACGCCACAACCUUUCGAACGAAAAGGUCUUGGAUUAUUACUCUCCAUUCAAGAUGGGCAGAAUGGGAUUAUACCGCAUAAUACUUAUAAUACCUAUAAUACUGUUACUAACAAUAAUGUUGAUACAUCACCUACUUCUUCUACAAUAAUGCUGUUAUACGAGCUUCAAGAAUUAUUGGGGAUAGGUGACGCUGAAUCGUCAAAGUUUACGAACGAAUACCGUAAAAGUUGUCCGGUGAUUUCUUCUAGUAGAAUUCAUUUUCAAAUUGAUGCGCCAAACGAAGACGGCGUAGUUGAUGAAAGAGAUGGUUCAAGAGCUCAAUUAAAUAACUCUACUGAAAGAGCGCGAGUUAUUCGUCGUCGAUCUUCGCCGAAUUUCAGAACUCCAUCUCCGAAUAAAUCUGAUGAUACUUUCAACACGCCUAGGGCGAAGAGUAACGUUGAGUCAAACUCACAUCCACAUGGUUCUGAUGUUGUUAAACCUUCGUUAUGGGCUUCAUCGUUAGGCUUUUUAACGCCUUGGAAAUUGGAAUAG